UGCCUGUAAACGAUUUCUUUCUUUGGAAUAUAUUGAUUAUUAACGAAUAAAGCCCGGAUAAAUCAGUAAUAUAAUGGCAACGGCAAUAAAAGAUCGCACUAUUCCUACUAUGGAUACUUUGGUUAAAUACGAUAAUCCAGUCUUAGUUACAGUCCGUCCAGAAAAGGCACCUAAAGAACAAGCACCCAAAAUCGGAGUAACAAUCUGUAAAGUUGAAACCACUAUUCCUACGCUUGAUACAAGACAUGAAACUUCUGAAAUUCUCAAUAGAAUUUUGCCACCCAAACAAUGGGAAGAGGAUGGUCAAGUUUGGACUCAAAAAAUAUCAAGUAUACCAGCAACAAGACUAGAUGUUAUUAAUUUACAAGAACAUCUAGACAUGAAAUUGCAACAAAGACAAGCAAGAGAAACUGGCAUUUGUCCAGUACGUAGAGAACUUUAUACGCAAUGUUUUGAUGAAAUAAUACGCCAGGUGACAAUAAACUGUGCAGAACGUGGAUUACUUUUACUUAGAAUCCGAGACGAACUUAAGAUGACAUUAGCUGCAUACCAAACUUUGUAUCAAAGCAGUAUUGCUUUUGGUAUGCGUAAAGCUUUACAAGCUGAACAAGGAAAAGAAGAUUUAAUUGCUGCUGCAGAUGAGCUACAAUUACAGAAGGCUGAAUUAGAAAAAACAGUUAUUGAAUUAAAACAGAAAUCUGAACAGGCUGAAAGGAGGGCAGCUGAACUACGGGAAGCUGAAGAAAAAAAGCACAUGGAAGAAAUACAAUUUUUGAAAAAGACAAAUCAGCAACUGAAAGCACAGUUAGAGGGAAUUAUUGCGCCAAAGAGAUAAAAUAAGCAUAAAUGAUAAUGCACGAUAAAAGAAGAUACAUUAUUUUUUAUGAAUACUUUCAAUUCCAUUUAUUUUAAUUUCGUAAUAAGGCCAAUAUAAAAACGUUAAGAUAUUUUAUUUAUUUUCUUAUUUCUUGAAUUAAUUUGCACUUACAUAUAUCUUUCGUUUACAAAUCUGUUGAACAUUGUAAGACGUAUAAAUGUUGUUCAAUAGAAAACAUAGAUAAAUAAAUACAUUUUUAAUUUGUCAACAUAUAGUAGUACCACAAAUAUUAUGGUAAUAGUUGUAUGAAAUGUUUUUUGUCAUAUUGUAUAAAAUACAUUUUUUAAACUUUAUUAUUUAUAUAAAUUAGCAGCUUCAGUUUAUUAUUCAAUAUAACCAGAUAUACUGUAUUAUCAAAAUAUAAAAUAUACGUGGCAGAAUGUAAUAUUUCUUUUUAUAAUUAAUUAUUAAAGUAAAGACAAAUACAAAGAUUCCAAAAGUACAUACAAAUUAUGCCUAUUAUUGGAUUUAACGUCGAUGUAAAGUACUUCUAAAAUAGGAGUUUCCAACUGUAAGUUUAUCAUUUAUAAUUAAGGAUAAUACAAGUUCAUAACAUGAUAUGAUUUGUCAACAUGUUAUAGUGUUAAAAAAUGGUGGGAUUUUUAAAAAAUUCACAUUCUAAUUAAUUUAGUUAUGAAUUUAAUUUCAGAGAACUGUUUUAAUAAAAUUUUAUAAUUUGUUAAAAGUAAUUAUUUUAUACGAUAAAAUAUUUUAUACGAUAUUUAACACUAUAAUUAUUACAAUGUUUUCUACAUAUUAUGCUACUCGUAAUAUUACAAAAAGGUUUCAAAUCCUAUUUGAAAAGUGUUUACACUUUAAACCGUUAUAAAGAUAUAGUUAAUGUUGGCACAUUAUAAUUUUCAUACAAUUCCAGAAGAUUAUGCCAAGACCAAUUAUAAUGCUGACAAUAGGCAUUAAACUAUAUAUAACAGUUAUUUGGAAAAAAAAUAUUUUGCAUAUAUUUUUUUUUUACAAUCUUAUGAAUAAUUUAAUAAAUUGGUCCCGCUCCUUUAAUCGCACUUUACACCGCAGUUAAUAGUAUACUUGUCUCAAUUAAUGUUUACUUAUGCUACAUAUUUAAUUUUAUAUGUAUAAUUUGCAAAGAUCUUAAUACUAAUAAUAUGGUCUGUUUCACUGAAGAAUGUAUAUGAUCUAUAUAAAAUGAUAUUUUUAUAUUUAAGAUGAAUCAUCUUACUAUUGCAAACAUAUGAAGAAUACAAAAAGUUAUAUCUAAAACACAAAUAGUAAAACUAUUAUGAUUUUCAAUUUUUUUUACCUGUAUAUGUUGCAAUUUCAACAUAGGUAAAUAUUUUGAACUAUAUGAGAUUACAAAUAUUAUUGGUUUAUAUUACCAGAUAAUAUACCUACAAAGUAUUUAACAUUAUCAUAGAAGUUUUUAUAUAGAAAUUAUAUUUUUUGUAAUCUCACACAUACAUAUUUAUUAGAAGGUACUGUUAUAGUCAGCGAUAAAGAAACAGCAUAUAUUUUAUAUAUUCCGCUUCUUCAAUUGUAGUCGACAUUUUAUUCUUUUAAUAAAGUUAAGAUUUUAAUCUUGCUUCAAAUCUCCGCUAUUUUUACAUCUAUUUGUUACAUAUUGGCUAACUCUUUUUGUGUACUUUUGAAUAUGCGAGAACAUUGUUUAAUCAUGAAAUUAUUGAAUAUAUUGUGAAAUAAAAUAUGUUAACGAUAAAAUAUAGCUAUCGUUAGUAUAAAUAAAUUAAAACAACAAAAUUUUUAAAAGAACGAAAUCAUGAAUAUGUAUAGUAAUAAUAUAUUUUAAACAAUUAAAAAAUUUAAUACUUGGUAUUUAUUACAUUUUAGUGGCAACUUUGACAUUAGAAUGGAUAAUAAACUUUAAAUAAAUUUCUUCCUAAUGAUGAAUGAUCAAAAACUAUGUCGAUAUUUAACAAUGAGAUUAAAUAUAUGUGCUUUUUAAAAUGAAUCUUAAAGUAUAUCAAAACAAUUUUACAUAACAUAUAUAUUAAUAUACUUAUCACUAAAGGAAAAUAAAUAAAAUACUUUACAAACCACAACAAAUAGCUGUA